CUCCCAGAGGCCGUCCGGGAAUCGCGACUGACGUCGGCCGCUGGCCGCCCAACACUUCACGCCGGGACAUCCGACCGAGAGGAGCGGCACCAGUUCUGACGCACCGCAGUGACCCUGCAGUGUGGCGCAGCACGGCGGUACACCGCCGGCGACCCCGCCAUGGCGCAGAACUACGCGACGCCAGAGGCGAUGCAAAUUCUUGCUGCCAGCGGCAAAGAAGGCUUCGUGCUGGAUUCCAAAAAUCUGAAGAGCAUCCUCUUCGCUGACGACAUCAGGGACAAGCCUGUCGUAGUCAUCUCAGUCGCUGGGGCAUUCCGCAAAGGAAAAUCUUUCCUCUUGGACAUGAUGCUGCGAUACCUUACAGCGUCCGAUAAGCCCAACUGGAUACACGACAAGCAGAUCCAGCGGGGCUUUCCGUGGCGGAGUGGGUUUCGCAGACACACCACUGGCAUCCUGAUGUGGCCAAAGCCGAUCCCAGUAACCCUAUCAGACGGCACAGAGGCGGUCAUCCUGCUCAUGGACACACAGGGGACCUUCGACAACACGUCUACCGUGCACGAGUCGUCAACUGUCUUUGCACUUAGCACGCUGCUCAGUUCUCUUCAAAUCUACAACAUCACUGGAAAUUUGCAGAACGAUGACUUGGAGCACCUGCAGCUCUUCACUGAGUACGGCCGACUAGCGUUGGAAGACACCAGCAGCAAGCCGUUCCAAAAGUUGCUGAUUCUGGUCAGGGACUGGCAACACGUUCAUUAUCUUCCUCUGGGUGCUGAAGGUGGCAACAAGCUGGUCAAGGAGUGGCUGGAUACUCCAUCUGGGAAAAAGGAGUUGGAUGAUGUACGAAAGCACAUCCGAGGGUGCUUUGGCCAGAUCGAAGGAUUCCUGUUGCCAUACCCGGGACAGGUUGUAACCAUGAGUCCAAACUUCACCGGCAGUAGCGCAGAGAUGGACCCCGAAAUUGUCGAUAAGCUCAACGAGCUGAUGCCUCAGAUUUUGGCACCGGAAAACAUGACAGUAAAGAGUAUUGCUGGCAACUCAGUCACAGCCCGCCUGCUUUACACUUUCUUUGAGAGUUACGCAGGCCUGUUCCAGAGUGACAAACUGCCAAAACCGACGAACAUCAUGCAAGCCACCGCCGAGGCCAACAAUGUGGCGGCAGCACAAGACGCUAAGAUGCAGUACAUCAAAGAAAUGGAACGCCUGAAGAGUGAUGAGCAUCCUUCACUGAGCCAGGCCGAGCUUUUGGCGAAACACCUGAAAGCUUCAGAAAAGGCCAUGAAGGCAUUUACCGAUCGCAAGAAAAUGAGCGACUGGAAACUAUCAGAGAAGUAUCGCUUGAGACUGAUAGAGGACAUUGAAGACUGGUACAAGUUUGUUGAGCUGGCAAACAACACAAGGCGUCAAAAAGAGCGGCUCAAUGCAGAAAAGUACAACAUGGGACUCGUGCGGACCUGCAAAAUGACCUACAUCAAAACAAUGGAACAUCUCGUCGGCGAAGACGCGAGCUUUGCGUCUCUGAAGGAACUUAACAGCGCGCACGAGGAAGCCAGGGGGAAGGCAUUGGAUCAGUUUAAAGAAGAACAGGCAAUCUUUGAAGGCAUCGAAAAGGACAGCCAGCAUACCCUAAACCAUGAAAUCGACAGCGAGUUUCGCCAAAUGCUCUUCAACAAUGAUGUGAGAAAAAAGAACUACAAAGCGGCACACGCGAAUAUGAAGGCGGUGGCCAAUGCCAGAAAGGUCUACCAUUCCAUGAUGAGCGUUAUGACAGAGAGCGAGGCGCUGACCGUCAAGGAACUUCAGAAGCUACACGAAAAGUCAAUGACGGCUGCCGUGGAUACAUUCAAGUCGCUCAAAGAGGGUGACGAGCGUAUCGCAGAUGGUUACCUGGAGUACAUGAAAGUUGAUAUGCAGCGUGAACUGCAUUCGUACUUGAGCGCCCAUCGACACAAGCAGGAAAUGAAAAAGGUUCAAGAGAAACUACGGACAAUGACAAAAGAGGCGGAGGCUGCCGAGGAGUCAAGCUCGGGGUGGUGCACCAUUCAGUAACUGACUACUAUCUGUGCAGUGCACCCGAUAGUUGAGUAGUACUCGCCAGACUUGGAUGUACAGAACUGUUCCGACGGUCGAGGCGCACCGCGCAGUUGCAGCUAUCAAAGCCCUGCCAGAGCAGGCGAAAGCGCAAGGAUACUUGUGAUGCAGCGCUUCAUAGAAUGAGGCUUAGGAUGUUUUUUCAUUGAGGCUUGUUCUGGGAACUGAUUCGUUUCACUAAGCUGCCUUGCGAAAGAGGCUGCCUUUAGCUUCCUGUGUGAAUUGAUGUUUCUUAACUGGCAUUACUAGCGCCCUUCCCCGAGCAAACUGGUCAGAUCAAGUCAUGUCUCCUUGUCUCAGGCCAUGACGUUGUUUCCAUGUUGUACACUGUGUAUUUCAAAUGCCUACCUAACCGUUAAAACUUAAAAACGGUGAAAUUGAACACUGCGCUGUAAAUUUCGAAUUUGUUUAGGUAACGCUGUAUGUAGAGGGAAGCAUAUCUGAUGUGAUAUCUGAACUUCGUAUGCUAUUAAAGGAAAUAUACCACUUUCCUCAAUAA